AUGUCUCAAUGGUCUAGAAGAAAAGCAAGCGGCCUUCCUGUCCGAAAUCUCUCUCUCCCGAUAUUUUUUAACGGAAUAUCAGAAGAGGACCAAAUAACAGAAAUCCGGGAGGCGCUCAAAAACAUGCGGUAUUGCAGCUUGACGAAAACCCGAACCAUCAAUCUCAGUUGCUUGGCUAUUAAAAAUCUUCCCAUUAACUCUCUGCUGGCAGCAAUGAAAGAGGAAGUGAUGCCCCUUUCGCAGAGUGUGGACUAUGAGAUGGUUUUCUCUGAGACAAAGAUCGUCCUCAAUGUUGAGGGAAACUUGCUGGAGUCUCUUCCGCUUGAGCUGUUUUCUGCGAAGAACCUCCACGCAAUUCUGCUGCGCUCCAACAAGCUGCAGACAGUGCCCCCGGAAAUCGGAAAUCUAAAGAGUCUCUGCAUGCUCACGCUUUCCGGAAAUCCUAUCCGGCACCUUCCUAUUGAGAUCACGUCGCUUUCUAUCUCCAUGUUUAGCAUAUGCGAAAAACACUUUAUGUCGCAGGAGGAAAUAGACAGAGAGAACUCACGCGUAGAGUUUCCGGCGGAGACACUGAAUGAGCUCUGCCUAAAAACCCUGCCUCUAGGGGAUGUGUGCAGAACCCCCAGCCGCAUAAAGAAGGCGCUUCGGGUCUGCUAUGCGUGCAAGUCACUGACAAGCAUUGCCGGUACUGUGUAUAAGUAUAUGCUGUACAGAGAGCAGAUGAUUCCUUUCUACAUGUCUGUGUGCUCUUCCUCGUGCAAAGAAAAGUGUCUUUCAGACGCUGAAGAGGAAGCGCCAGCAGAGUAG